UUCUGGUUGCUGUUUUGCAUCGAGCUGCAGAGAUAUCUCUUUUGACACUUUCCUUUCCCGAGUAGGUGGGGGUUUGCAGAGUUGAGUAGGCUGGGCUCAUGAUGCAGUUAGCUGAGCGAUGCUUCCCUUCCUCCACUAGCCUGCCCAAGACUUUCUACAGCCUGUCAGCCUCUCCCGACAGUCGGAGCCCGGUGUCCACCCACCUCGAAUUCCCGGACACCGAUCGAAACGAAUCGGUCCAGGAGAACGGUGAGCUCCCCAAGAAAUUCGCCAGCCCCGGCAUGCUGACCGAGAACGAGAACCACGCUUUCGCCGCCACCAAAGGCGCGGCGGCAGUGGAGCGGGGGAAGAGCUCGCCGGCGGAGGCAGCGGACGAGGACUUAGCCGAAGUUCGCUACAGUUUGGACGGCCUGGGAGCCGAGAGAUACUUCUUGUCGCCCGUCGCCCCACAGAACCUGAGCCCGGGACAUCACCAGCAGCACCCACAGUCUCAGCAGCAAGCCGGCUCCAAUGCAGGCUCCCUGCUAUCCUACCCGGCUCAGCACCCGCCGGCCUUCUCCGUCAACGGUGCCAGCAGAUACCUGGGUCCGCAUUCCGUGCUGACUAACGGCGCCUAUAACCCCAUCCUGACCCCGGCCGGAGCUCAGGCGUUCUCUCCUUCGGCGUAUCCAACUUACCCCGGUUCAGGGCGCUCUCAGUAUGCACACAGUUACCAGAGCGGCCCUCUGUAUUCCCAAUAUCAACCGAGUAUCCCGCACCCGACCCGCGCUCAGGUUUACCUCUGCAACCGGGCACUUUGGCUGAAAUUUCACAGGCACCAGACCGAGAUGAUAAUCACCAAACAGGGCAGGCGCAUGUUUCCCUUCCUGAGUUUCAAUAUCUCUGCCUUGAACCCGACGUCCCACUACAAUGUGUUUGCGGAGGUUGUGCUGUCGGACCCCAAUCACUGGCGAUUUCAAGGAGGAAAGUGGGUGACGUGCGGGAAAGCUGACAACAACAUUCAAGGUAACAGAGCUUAUGUCCACCCAGAGUCUCCAAACACUGGGGCUCACUGGAUGAGGCAAGAGAUUUCCUUCGGGAAACUUAAACUGACAAACAACAAGGGUGCAACAAACAACAGCACUCAGAUGGUGGUGUUGCAGUCCUUGCAUAAAUACCAACCACAGCUUCAUAUAGUGGAGGUGAAUGAAGAUGGCGCUGAAGAUGUAAGCGACUCCUCAAAAGCUCAGACCUACACCUUCCCAGAAACUCAGUUCAUUGCGGUGACUGCCUACCAGAACACUGAUAUCACACAGCUCAAAAUUGAUCAUAAUCCAUUUGCCAAAGGUUUUAGAGACAACUAUGAUUCUAUGUUCACUGCACCAGAGAACGAUCGACUGACCCCGUCGCCCACAGACUCUCCUCGAUCCCAUCAGAUAGUACCAGGAGCCCGUUACACCAUGCAGCCUUUCUUCCAAGAUCAAUUUGCCAACAGUAUACCAUCAGCCCGCUUUUACAAUGGUGAACGAACAGUCCCCCAAACAAGUGGCAUCCUGUCCCCUCAACAAGCUGAGGAAUCAGGCAAUCCACCUCAGAGGUGGUUUGUCACUUCUGUGCAACAACCUGGGACUAAUAGGUUGGACUUCGCCUCUUACGAUGCAGAUUAUGCUACAAAUGCUUUGCUGCCAUAUGGUCUCAAACCUCUGCCCAUACAGUCUGCUCAUUCUCUGAGUUACUAUCCUGACCCAACAUUUGCUUGGGGCUCCAGGAGUUCUCAGUACCAGAGAAAGAUAGCCUCUGGGUUAUCAUGGUCCUCUAGAACCAGCCCUUCUUUCCCAGAAGACCAAGUGUUGUCCACUGAGGAAAAGUCAAGAGAAGAAGCCAACUCACCUUGGAUUGAAACCCCUCCAUCUAUCAAAUCCAUGGACUCUGACUCAGGACUCUAUGAAAAUGCGUGCAAAAGAAGAAGGGUCUCUGCUGGCAACUCCAGCACCGAAAGCUCCCCAACAAUCAAAUGUGAGACAGUUACUCCUAAAGAUGGUACAAAACCAAUGGGCUAUUAUACUUUCUACACCAGCCCUUAAAAGUAUUCAGAUGAUUUGUAUAUAUAUACCCUACCCAUUUGCCAAAUGUCAAGAUGGUUUUAUGUGUGCCAAAAAGACUGAAAUUUCCUUCCAUCUUUAGUUAUUUACUUUGUACAGUCUAUUAUUAGUGCAAUCAAAUUUUUAAGAAGGUGCCAAAGCUUUCUGAUGCUGUAAGCAGCAAGAUGGACAUAUUCUAGCUAAGCCUGUUCUCAAUGUUAUGUCCCAUAAUAUAUAGUAUUCAUUUUAGGAGAUA